GGAGCUAGGAGCCUGGAACAUUCCUUAUAGAAGCGCGGCUAAUGUAAAGAAAGAAGGUGCGCACGAUUCUCACUUGCGAUCUCGCCUUUUUGGUUUAUUAUAUUUUUAUACAUUCACUAGUAAUGGAUUUUUAAAGGAGGUGAUAAGUGCUGUAUUUGAACUCAAACAUUAUUGAAACGUUACUUGAAACGUAGUUUGGUUUUUAGUGGUCAGGUUCCUUUGACUCAAAAUAUAUUUUUGUUUGAGUGAAAGGCAACGCCGAACUUCUCUUACAACCCGGAGGCGUCGCAAUCAUGACGACCAAGCGCCGCAAUGGAGGACGCAACAAGCACGGCCGCGGCCACGUGAACCCCAUCCGCUGCACGAACUGCGCCCGCUGCUGUCCCAAGGACAAGGCCAUCAAAAAGUUUGUCGUCCGUAACAUCGUGGAGGCCGCCGCUGUCCGUGACAUCAACGAGGCCUGCGUCUACCAGACGUACGUGCUGCCGAAGCUGUACGCCAAGCUGCACUACUGCGUCUCGUGCGCCAUCCACUCGAAGGUGGUGCGGAACCGGUCGCGGCGCGACCGCAAGGACCGCACGCCGCCGCCGCGCUUCCAGCGCCAGGACAACAAGCCCCAGCCCAACAAGAAGUAGACGGACGCUGACUAUGACGAACAUGUAAUACACCGGGACACGUCA